ACUUGUUCUGCAACACUGUAGCCAACCUGCUCUACUUCCUGUAUAGGAGGUGUGGGAAGUUGACAGCUUAACCAACACUGACCAUUUUACUUACCGAGCGCCACGAUAUUUUGGCCUUCGCCCGAUGAAGAUGCUCGGAGUAGCAGCUAAAGGUGUUUCAACAUCCGAGAUCUGUGCCUUUAAGUCAGUGACAUUCCUGUAAUGAUGUCAACUGAGCAUCGAGGUAUUUUCAUUUUUAACCUGACUAUGGCUAUACAGAUUCACCCCUCAUGUUUUGCGGUGUGGUUAAUCUUGGAUAACAGUUCCCUCUUAGCAUUGCACACAAUGAUCGGAUGAUUAACUGCAGAAUUAGGAGGAAGAACUGAAGAAAGAAAUGAUUUAAUCUUUAAAGUCACGCAUCUUGUCCCAAAGACAUCUUUUUGGAAAAAUGCAAGGUGGAUGAAAAGAUUCACUCACCGCAACAAGCUUAAGUCGUGUUUUUAGUGCGUUGGCUCACUAAUUUUAAACAAAGGCGCACGAUUUCAACAUGUACGCGCCUUCGGCAGACGCCGUGUCCGGGUACACCAGUGGCACCAUGGUGGACAAGGAUGCAAGUCAGGAGACGACACUAGGCAGUGCGUACUCACCGGUGGACUACAUGAGCAUCACUAGCUUUCCUCGGCUUCCAGAGGACGACGUACUCUCGUCGGAAAAUACAAUUAAAACACGUAAAGAAGACGACAACGUCCUUAGCGAGCAGGACACAGAUCCAGACCUCUUCCUGAGGACCGCUCGUUUGCAGCGACUCCCCUCCUCGGCAUCUGAUUUGGCCAGCCAGGACCUGUCACCUCUGAGGGAGACCCACCGCGAUCCAAUGGCCGAGGACUGUGCUUGCCAGCGGGAUGGCCUUACCGUCAUCAUCACUGCUUGCUUGACCUUUGCCACAGGGGUCACAGUCGCUCUCAUCAUGCAGAUCUACUUCGGGGAUCCUCAGAUAUUUCAUCAGGGAGCGGUGGUGACGGAUGUGGCACACUGCACCUCUCUGGGCUUCGACGUGCUCAGCAAGCAGGGCUCCAGUGUGGACGCUGCCAUUGCUGCUGCACUCUGCCUGGGCAUCGUCCACCCUCACACUUCUGGGCUUGGCGGUGGAGGGGUGAUCUUAGUCCAUGACAUACGUAAAAAUGAGAGCCGUGUCAUUGACUUCCGUGAAACCGCACCCUCUGCCAUUCAGGAGGAGAUGUUGCAGUUGAACCUGGAGGAGAAGCCUGGUGUGAUGGUAGGAGUGCCUGGGAUGUUGAAGGGGAUGUAUGAGGCUCACCAGCUCUAUGGAAGAUUGCCAUGGAAAAAUGUAAUAACUAUGGCAGCGGAUGUGGCCAGAGAUGGUUUUAAUGUUACACAUGACCUUGCUGAGGCAUUGGCCAAAGUGAAGGACCAGAAUAUCUCCAAGGCUUUCCAGGAUCUCUUUCUACCAGAUGGACAAGUCCCACUGUCUGGUCUGUUUAUAAAACGUCUUGAUUUGGCAGCAAUCUUGGACAGGAUUGCAGUCAAUGGCAUAUCAGAGUUUUACAAUGGCAACUUAACGCAGGAAAUAGUAGCUGAAGUACAAAUUAAAGGGGGGGUCAUCACAGAAGAGGACUUCAGCAACUACAGCACAGUGUUACAGCAGCCCGUGGAGAUGACUUACCAAGGACACCAGGUGAUGGCUGCACCGGCCCCCAAUACGGGUGCAGCUCUCAUCACAGCCUUGAACAUUCUGGAGGGCUUUAACAUCACCAGUCAAUCACCCAGGAACAGCACCUACCACUGGAUUGCAGAGACUCUGAAAAUUGCCUUGUCCCUGGCCAGUGGGUUAGGAGAUCCCAACUUUGAUUCAUCUGUCUCUGAAGUAGUGACUGAGAUGCUAAGCAAGGAAAAGGCGGCAUUGUACCGCAGCAUGAUCAGUGACUCUCAGGCGUCACCUCCUGGUCAUUACACCCCUGCCUAUGCCCUGGAGGAGGGGGCAGUGGCCAGCCAGGUCAUGAUCAUGGGGCCCGAUGACUUCAUCGUGUCUGUUAUGAGCUCUCUGAAUCGGCCAUUUGGCAGUAGAAUUGUAAGCCCCUCAGGGAUUCUCCUCAACAGCCAGAUACUAGACUUCUCGUGGCAGAACAAAACCAGCAGCUCUUCCCCACCCAACCCGCAUAAUUCCAUCCAGCCUGGGAAGAGGCCUCUGUCCUUCUUGAUGCCCACUGCAGUGCGGCCCUCUGUGGGGCUCUGUGGCACCUAUGUGGCCCUAGGGUCAUCCAAUGGGGACCGGGCCCUUAGUGGCAUAACAGAGGUUUUGAUGAAUGUCCUGUCUUCGCGUAAGAACCUGAGUGAAAGCCUGAGUUAUGGCCGACUCCACCCCCUUCUUCAGCCUAACAAACUCCUAGUGGAUGCGGAGUUCCAGGAGGAAGACCUGGAAGCUCUGAUUUUAAAGGGACAUGAUGUCAAAAGAGUUGACAUACUCUCCCUGGUGGAGGGGACCAGAAGAACCAACGACCAGAUUAUUGGGGUGAAGGACCCGCGGAGUGUUGAUGCUUCUGCUUUAACCAUGUCCAUGUCUGUGCCUUAGCAUACGUGUGGCUAUAGCUACACAGCUCUUCUCUGAUUAUGGCUGUACAAUCCACACAAUGUUUUAAUGCUUGAUGAUGUGGGGAGGUUGCAGGGGGUGCCAGGUCAAACCUUUGGGUAUUUUCCCAAUCAUGGUGAAUGUUCUUCCUCUAUUGCACAGCGAGUAUGGUGGCAGGCAUGCAUGCUUAAUGAGCAGGGGAUAUGGAGCUGGGUGUUGGGCAUAAUCACCAUUGUAAAUGCAUUUAGUACACACAUUGUAUCAGUGAUGACUUUGAAAAUAAGAGCAAAAACAAGGACAGACAAACUAAUAAACAUGGAGAGAUAUAAACACACACACUAACACACACACACACACACUAGCACACACACACACACACACACACACACACACACACACAAACAGCAAGCCAAAGCUUAAAUAUAUCUAGUUGUACACAUUAACCUAAACGAACAUGCACUUGAAUUAACAUUCACAUUCACUAACACUGAUAGUGUACUAAAUACUUACAUGCAGCUUAGCUGCAUCAAUAAAUGACACAUAUAGGCUACAUACAAACUCAGCCUGGCAUGCCUGAAUACAGUUCAGUUGUUUGUGCACAACACCAUGAUCAUAAUGGCAGGUGAUUUUGCUUGAAAUUGUGUACAGAAAAUGUUUUCCUGUUGCGGCAGUGGAUUUUAUCCAUUCCUUCCUGACUCAAUAUGCGCAUGAGGUCUGCUCAUUAUGACAUUAAAAGGUUAAAACUGAAACCUCCACUAGAUGUGCACUUUGUGGAAGAUGUUUUUUUUUCCGAAAUGGCACCAUAUUUAAAAACAUAGUUACAAAAUGAUUGUAUAUUAUUUUUAUGGGUAUAUGGUUUUAUAAAAUGAAUAAAGACUAGAAAACAAAAGAAUGGACAAUUUAAGGGAUCAGCAUGAAGGAAAGGAUGUUUUGCAUAAUGUUGUCUAUAGGUAUAGCACAUUUAUAGUCAUUCAUAUAUAAUUUCAAAUGCAGGAAACGUUUUUGUAUUCAACUUAAUCUGCACCUUUUAUUUUGUGAUUUCUCCAUAUUAGUAGGCUACAAAAUGACACUUUCUGUACUGAUGGACAAGUUUGUAUUUGUAUAUGUUAUGCAUUAUAUUUAUCAUUGUAAAUCAAUGUAGUAGGCCAAAGUAUACUUCUAAAUUCUGAGCGCAAUUAAAUAAAGUGAAUUUGUGCAAA